GGAAAGGGGGGCUCAAGGGAGACCCAGGAACCCAGGCGUCCGAGGGGACCCCAUGUAAACCCGCUCCAACCACAAGCUCCCCCCAGCCGCCACAUACACCCACGCGCCCCUUCUCGGCUGCCACCCUCGGUUUCUCCAAAGACUCCGGAAAAGAACUGCUCGUCCUCUUCUCCCCACCCCGCCAAUCCGAACUGAUCAGCACCUCCAAUCUCCCCCCCCAACCCCCCACGCCGAGUGUCAGACUCUUCCUGGCCUUUGGCUCCAUCGAACUUGAUCUCGUUUAUCUCCUCCACCCCAUCGCCUACACCCCUUAUUUCUCCCCCUCCUCUCGUUCUCUCCCUCCUGGUUUCCUUUUCUCCCUUCUUUUUCACCCGGCUUCCCCUCCCCCCCGGCCACUUCGCUAACUUGUGGCUGUUGUGAUGCGUAUUCCCGUAGAUCCGAGCACCAGUCGGCGGUUCAGCCCCCCCUCCAGCAGCCUGCAACCCGGCAAGAUGAGCGACGUGAGCCCGGUAGUGGCUGCCCAGCAGCAGCAGCAGCAACAGCAGCAGCAGCAACAGCAGCAGCAGCAGGAGGCGGCGGCCGCGGCGGCGGCAGCAGCGGCGGCGGCGGCGGCGGCGGCAGCUGCGGCGGCGGCCGCGGUGCCCAGGCUGCGCCCGCCUCACGACAACCGCACCAUGGUGGAAAUCAUCGCUGACCACCCGGCCGAACUCGUCCGCACAGACAGCCCCAACUUCCUGUGCUCCGUACUGCCCUCUCACUGGCGCUGUAACAAGACCCUGCCCGUGGCAUUCAAGGUGGUGGCUCUAGGAGAAGUACCAGAUGGGACUGUGGUCACAGUCAUGGCUGGUAAUGAUGAAAAUUAUUCUGCUGAGCUCCGAAAUGCAUCUGCUGUCAUGAAAAACCAAGUAGCAAGAUUCAACGACCUGAGAUUUGUGGGCCGAAGUGGAAGAGGAAAGAGUUUCACCCUGACAAUAACUGUCUUCACAAAUCCCCCCCAAGUUGCCACCUACCACAGAGCUAUUAAGGUUACAGUAGAUGGGCCUCGGGAACCAAGAAGGCACAGACAGAAGCUUGAUGACUCUAAACCUAGUUUGUUCUCUGAACGCCUCAGUGAUUUAGGGCGCAUUCCUCAUCCCAGUAUGAGAGUAGGUGUCCCGACUCAGAACCCACGGCCCUCCCUGAACUCUACACCAAGUCCUUUUAAUCCACAAGGACAGAGUCAGAUUACAGACCCUAGGCAGGCACAGUCAUCCCCUCCAUGGUCAUAUGAGCAGUCAUACCCAUCCUACCUGAGCCAGAUGACAUCACCAUCCAUUCAUUCUACCACCCCUCUGUCCUCCACCCGGGGUACGGGGCUUCCUGCCAUCACCGAUGUGCCCAGACGAAUUUCAGAUUCAGAACCUAGCAGCCUGGACUCCCCGUCUUCUACCACUGUGUUCCUAUCUUCUGAAGAGCCAGGUCGCUCCACCACGGAUCUCCCAUCGCCAUCCUCCUCCUGUGAGCAUGUGCCCCCACCAUUUUCGCCUCCUUCCUCAGCCCUGCAGCCCCUGCUGCCCUCGCUGCUCCCAUUGGCACCAAAGGCCAGCUCUAGCACCUCUAGACAUCUUGGACUUUACUCCCCUUUGGUCACAUCUCCAGAACCAGCCCCUCGCCUCAUUGACUGGCUGCCCAAUCUUACCUCGGCAAUACCUCCAAGUGGGAGCUCUGGGGAUGAACAGGAGCAUGUGCCUCCCAUGGAGGGAAGUACUCAGGCCCCAGAGAAGAGCAGAGAUAGAACUUUGCACGUGAAUGGGAGAGAGAGAGAUGGUCAGCGAGGGAGUGUGGAAGAAUGGCCACCACCAGAGACCUGCCCAUCUCUUCCCUGUCAUGUGGGUCCUUCAGGCUCCAAACAGUUUCCUGCAGCCACUCCAAGUUUGGAGGCAGAUGUGGGGAACAUCCUUGUGGAGCUGAGGACAAUGAAUGGACACUUGGAUGUUAUCGCUAAAGCCCUCACCAAGCUGGCUGCAUCGCUUCUGCCCCAAGCCCAGAACACUCCAGAUAGCCAAGGAUCCAAAUAGAGCAUCAUGGCCCACUUCCUGCUCCCCUCCUCCUAAGAAGACUUCCCUUGGAUACUAUCAGUCUACUCUCAUGUUUGCUCCAAGUACACAGUCUUGGUUGGGUCCCAGAUUUAAAGUGUAUCCAUUAAACAGUCUCAGGAAUGAAUGGUGCUACUUUCUCUAAAAAUACUUAUGCAGUCAAUCUCUGGUCUCCUCUAUUUGGACAUCCCUUCCCAUAAUGCAGACUGUGCUCCUUCUAUGUCUGCCUGUUCUGUGAAGCUCUUGAUGAUGACUUCUCGGAACUUUGACACAAGAUCAACAGGCAGAGGGUUGAAGGUGGGGCAGGACAUUCUGCAUUUUCUCCUAAUAUUAUGAGGAUACCAUUGGAGCACUUGUCCCUUGGCCAGAUGAUGGCAUGUGGUUUGAUGGUCAACCUAGAAGGUAGCAGUGGGGCCCAGUUGAAAGAGAACUGGCUCUGGACUCAGAGGACCUGGAGGUUCAAAUUCCACAUCUGAUGCUUACCAUGUGUAUGUGUCCUUUGGCAAGACACUUAUUUCUCAGACCCUCGGUUUCCUCAUCUGUAAAAUGAAGGGAUUAGACUAGAUGACCUCUGAGGUCCCUUCCAGUU